CUGGCCCUAGAUAAGCUGGUUCUUGGCUUCUGAUAUUAUUAUUCUUUCUGUUCUCCUUUUCAACUUUGUUUUUAUUAAAACAAAAUUAAUGAAUAAAACAUUAGAACAUUACAGACUAUGAAUGACAAGUUGACUAUAAUGAUAGAAACAAUGACAAAAACUCCAGCUCAGGCCGCUUGGCCUUGGACGCGUUUCAGGAACAAUGAAAUUGUAUGUUCUCCUGAACUUAUGGGGAAAAUCGGCCGGCAUAACAUUCAGCUUGUAAAACAAUGCCAAAUUAUCUAGCAUCAAAGAGUUCGCCACUUACCUGGAAUGGCUUUAUAAAUACCAAAUACCCAUAAGUACUCGACCACCAUCGCCAUCAUCUGUCACAAAUAUGAGCUCCUGUAAUCUGAUUCUUUACCAAAUACUGCCAUUGCUGCUGUUGCUGUUAUUGGAAGUCAGCAUUGCAGUGUCAGAGAAUGAAGAUUAUCAGACUUACAUUAUUCACAUGGACCACUCCCAGAAGCCUGCAUAUUUCUCAACCCAUAUGUCAUGGCACCAGUCCAUCGUGAGAUCAUUGUCACCUCAGGUUGAUGACAAAGAAGAUAUGAUGCUCUACUCCUACAACCAUGCCAUGCAUGGCUUCAGUGCUAGGCUCACAUCUUCUCAACUAUCUGAAAUUCAGAAAUCUCCAGCUCAUGUUGCCACAUAUAAGGAAUCUUUUGGGAAGCUCUAUACCACUCACAGUUCUGAGUUUCUUGGACUGAGAAAUGACAUCGGCCUAUGGCCUAAUGCAUCAUAUGGCGAAGGUGUAAUCAUAGGAAUAAUUGACACAGGUAUUUGGCCUGAAAGCGAGAGCUUCAGAGACAAGGGGAUGCCACCAGUGCCACAGAAAUGGAAGGGCCUGUGUGAAAAUGGCACAGCAUUUAGUCCUUCUCUCUGCAAUAGGAAGCUCAUCGGGGCGCGCUCUUUUAGCAAAGGUCUCCAGGCUGCUGGCAUAAAAAUCGAUGAAGAAUUCGAUUACAACUCACCACGAGACUUCGACGGUCAUGGAACCCACACAUCAUCCACUGCCGCAGGGAAUCAUGUACUUGGUGUGAGUCACUUUGGAUAUGCAAGAGGCACGGCAAGAGGAGUAGCACCAAGAGCACAUGUUGCCAUGUACAAGGUCUUCUUCGCAACAGAUUCUCUUUUUAGUGCAACGAGUGAUGUCCUUGCUGGCAUGGACCAAGCAAUUGCGGAUGGUGUGGAUAUCAUGUCCUUGUCUCUUGGCUUUGAUAAUACUCCUUACUUCAAGGAUGUCAUUGCUAUAGCUUCCCUUUCAGCAAUUGAGAAAGGAAUUUUGGUUGUUUGUGCGGCCGGUAACUUUGCAUCACAUAAUUCAACACACAAUGGAGCCCCUUGGAUCACAACAGUGGGAGCUGGCACUCUUGAUAGGAGUUUCAACGCUAGAAUGACUCUAGAAAAUGGGAUCUCUUUUGAAGGAAUCUCAUAUUAUCCAGAAAGCGUAUAUAUCCAAGAUGCACUUCUGUACUAUGGCAACACUUCUAGGCCUAAAGCAGUAUGCGCUAAUGGAGCACUAAAUACAACUGAGGUGAGGGGAAAAAUAGUAUUUUGUGAUAGCACCCACAACGACAUUUUUUCACAAGUGCAGGAGCUUCGCAAGAAAGGUGCCCUUGCGGGAAUAUUCAUGACAGAAUUUUCAAUUUUAGAUUCAACAGAAUACUCCAUUCCGAGUAUAAUUCUACCAUCUGGUUCUGGAACUCUGGUCAGAGAUUAUGUGACAGGGGUACAUGAAGCAAGGGUGAAAAACAUGCAAUUUGUAUUGACGAGGUUGGGAACCAAACCAGCACCUCAGGUGGCAUUUUUCUCUUCAAGAGGCCCAGAUCCGAUCACCCCAGCCAUACUAAAACCGGAUAUUCUUGCUCCAGGAGUCGAUAUUCUUGCAGCAGUUGCACCUAAUAAGCCAUACAUGGAAAUAGGGCACCAUGAACUGGCAACAGACUACGCACUAUACUCGGGCACAUCAAUGGCAGCACCACAUGUUGCUGGAGUGGCAGCUUUAUUGAAAGCUGUACACCCUGAAUGGAGUCCGGCAGCCAUACAAUCAUCUAUAAUGACCACAGCAUAUAACUUGGAUAAUAAUGGCACAACAAUCAGAGCCCAAUCUCUUUCAAAUGGCAUUGUUUACAGUACGCCUCUAGAUUUUGGGGCAGGCCACAUCAACCCAAACAAAGCCAUGGAGCCUGGACUAAUCUAUGACAUGGGUUUCCAAGAUUAUGUCGAGUUCUUAUGCGGCCUCGACUACACUAAAGAACAGAUGAGUGCUGUACUUAGACGAAGUCACUGGAAUUGCAGUCAACAACCAACCGACCUAAAUUACCCUUCCUUUAUUGCCAUUUAUAACAAUCAAUCAGCCUCAUCACCAAAGAAGUUUACCAGGGUUGUCACAAAUGUGGGCGAUGACAAUGCUGUUUACCAGGCAAUUGUGGACGCUCCAACUGGAAUGAGAAUCAAGAUAGAGCCCAAUACUCUAAAGUUCACCCAGAAAUAUCAGAAGCAAGGUUUUGUUGUGAGUGUAGAGAUUGAUAAGGAAGCUCCAAAAGUCGUGUAUGGUUAUCUCAAAUGGAUUGAUAAUCGCAACCACGUAGUAUCAAGUCCCAUAGUGGCCGUCUACGUCUAGCAGGCACUUUCUGCAUUUUAUUCCAGUAACACUGUGAUUGGCA